AUGCGGGUGAGCAGUCCAGCUCUGGGGGCCUGGAGAAAUGACUACUUGACUCUAAGCAAGCGAGCAGGGACAGCUGGGCGGCCGAGGGAGGGAGGGGACCAGGACUGUGUGGCAUUCAGUGUGAGAGUGGAGGUCUGGCUGCUGCAGAACAGGCGUGCGAGCAUCCCCCGGACGCGGGGUCACAGGCGAUCCCCCGACCGGGAACAGGGCUUCCCUCCAACGCCGAGUUUCUCCAGACACAAAGGGAGAGAGGAGAGUGGAGACCGAGACAAAGACGCCCGGCAGUGGUGCUGCGGGACGGGGCGGGGACGGUGCAGUCCCGGGACUCGCGGGACGACGGGGGCGGCGCGGGAGGGAGGCGAAACGCAAGGCGAUUUGAAUAUCAGGCUCUGCCGCACUCGGGGCGCCGCUGACAACUUCAUUACCUCCGCAUAUAAAAAUGACUGCCAGGGAAUGCAAAUGGCUGGCGCGUCUCGGCCGCCUGCCCGCGUUCCGCCGCAGGCUGCGGGCGCGGGCCCCGGGAGCCGCCACCCGCGCCAGGCCGCCCGGCCCCGCGUAAUGAGCGGCCCGCGGCGCCUCCUCCUCCCCCGGCGGCGGGCAAAGCUGCCAGGCGGGACGCCGCCACCCACGCUACUCCGCAGUGUCGCCGGCGCUCUUGACUCAUCGGUGAAUGCCAUGAAUGUCGAGGAAAGUAUUAAAUAGAGAAAGAUAGGAGAGGAUUCCUUCCUUAGCAAGAAGGACACUCCACCUUAUGACAACCCCCAUGGGUGGCAGAAGUCAAGGCAUCAUUACUAAUGACAGCAGCAGCAGCAGCAGCAGCAGCACUAAAAUAACAGAGCACAUCUUUUGAAGAAUGCAAAGCACUGUCAGCUGCUUUAACUACGUGGUAUAUGUCACACACCCUAUUGCUUUCUUGGAAAUUGCAGUUUAGCUAAGCCUGGAAAGGAGCCCAGGCUAAUCCAGCUGGGAAGGGGAUGUGCUCCCAACCACUCUGCAAAUUUUCUUUCUUUGGCCCUUCUUGCUGAGUCCUGACACCUCACUGUGACCAUUCCUCCCUCUCCCACUCUGGCUAGGGAUCAAUGCAAGUUGUAUGCAUCGG